CGGAAGCACCAUAGCACAGCAUCAAAACAAAACGGAUUAUUCGUAAACAUUAUCCGCAUGAUAACAUUUAAAUAAUGUCCAAAUAAGAAAGUUGGGAAUUGUUAACAGAGUCAGCCUAAGCAAUGUCCACAUUUGACGUCAAAGAGGAAGAUGUGGAGGUGAACAUCGAUGAAGAAGAAGUAAUAGCAGGUGAUGGUCCAUUGAACAUUUCUGAAUCGUCAAUCGAGCUAGCUUUAACAAAAUCAUCUGACGUGAAAGAUGAAAUUGUAGAGGUGAUGAUAGGUGAGAGUCUUGAAGAUGAUGAAGAAGAAGACGUGACCGGUGAUAUACCACUGAAAAAUGGAGCUGAUGCCUCCAUGUCUGAUCACGCUUCUGAAGACAUUGAAGCCAUAUCUAGAGCGGAAAUUGAAGUUGAAGUCCCAUCUAGAUACGAACUUGAUGUACUACAGGAACAAGGCGGAGAAGCAGUCGUAAAAGAGGUGCCAUCGCAAUGCAAAAAGUGUAGGAAAAUGUUACCAAAUGCAAGGCGUCUCCAGGAGCACCAUCGUGAAUUUCACACAAAGAGGCCCUUCACAUGUCCACAGUGUUUGAAAGGUUUUUUCACAAAAGGAAACCUCAAAACACACCUGGACAAUCACGGAGUGAUGCCCUACCGCUGUAGUCGGUGCCCCCAGGGCUUUUGGAAGCAGGGCUACCUGAUGACACAUGAACGCACUCACCUCUUCAACUGUAAACAGUGUGACAAAAGUUUCACGAAAAUAGGCUACCUAUUUAGACACCAGAAGACCCACACAGAAGACGAGCCCUACCUCCGCUGACCUCUGUGUUGGAAAGCACGCAGGUUCAGAGAGCAUCACAACGCAGUCACACAGGCGAGAAUGCUCAGCAAUGCAGACAGUGUUGGAAAUGGUUUUCACAUGCAGGAGGUCUCAGAAGACACAUUGUGGAGAACAGUUAUUCAAGAACAGCAUAUGUUAGAAAGCGCAGACACAUUUACUGAGAAGAAUCCUCCCAAUGCCAACAGUGUGUGAGAUGUUUUUUUUUGUUGGGGGGGGGGGGGGGGAGAGAACACCUUGGAAUACAGGUCAUGAGUCACGCCAAAGCAUGUCGUUUUUUAGCAUUUAACGCCAUGAUGGUAAGCCCUGCAUCUCUGUGGAGGAAUGAAUGCUUUUGUGGAGAUCCGUCUUAAAUAAUCCAUGAGUGAAAACAUGUGAGUAAUGAACCCUGCAUUCCAUGCAGAAUGUUAAAAAUAGACUGUAAGGAUGACCGGUUUCAUCAUUUAGUGUCACACGCCAACACAAAUCCGAUGUUGCUAUAAAUCAUGCUGAAGAAGGAAAACUGAUGGACUACACGAGCGAGAUUUGUAUGGAAUGCCAUGAACUGUACCCAUGGUAACACAUGGUAAAUACAAAUCAUACUCGAGUCUGAGACGUUGGACAUACAUGUAAUGGCUACAGAUCCUGGCCAUAUAAUUAGAAUAUCAUGAAAACAGAUGAUUUAUUUCCAUAAUGCCAUCAAUAAUGUUUUACUUUCAUGGUUUGUAGAUGCAUUGCCCACAUUUUUAUUCAUUCAUUUGUUUAUUUUUACAUAUUUUGGUCUUCCAGUUCCAAAAAAACAUGAUUCACAUUAUUAGAAUAUUGAAAGAAAACCACAAUUUUCUUCAUAAAACAGAAAGAAAUUCGGGUCACAUCAAAUCAGUUGAAAUUUGGUACUUUCUACAUAACAUGUGAAUGUUCAAUACUUGGUUAGGACUGUCUUGAAGUCAGAAGCCAAGAUAUCCUUGAUGCUUUGCUGCCAGCUGUUUUUUGUUUGUUUGAUCUGGUGACCCACACUUCACUCUUCAAUAUACCCCGUAGAUGUGCCACAUUUUGGUGCUUUGGUGGUAUGGACAUUCUAGUCACCAGAAAUGAAACCCCAUUGAAAAUGAAUGAGUUUUUAUUUCUGGUGAGUUACAAUGUCCAUACUGCAUUGCUUAUGGCAACAACAUUCACUUGUGAGUAGAGAUGCACCGGAUCCUGAUUUUUAGGAUCCUGCCGGAUACCGGAUCCACUGCUUAAGAUCCUGCCGGAUCCGGAACCGGAUACCGGAUCCUACGAAAGGGUUGAAACACAUAGCCUACUCACACAUGUGGGCCCUUUUUAUUACGUUGGCUCAAACUAUUUUGACUUAAAAGCCUCGGCUACCGGAUCCUGGAUCCUGGAACCGGAUCCGGAUAGUCUGAAAAACCCCUAUUAUCCUGCUGGAUCCGGAACCGGAUCUUGGAUCCUGUACAUCUCUACUUGUGAGGAAGGGAACUUGAGUUGCCCUGCUGGAACUCAAACCCGGGCAUUCUGGGGUUCCAUACCGGGCUCUGCUACACGAAAGACCCAGACUCAUUAGUCUUAAUAAUCACAGGUAACACACCCACAACCCAAGUGAUGGUCACCCCAUCACAGCACUAUUUUUUCCUACAAGGUUAAUCUUCAUUCCGUAGGCCUACAUGGGUUCUCAAUUUUUGUUUUCCCCUGCAGUGGGCACAACUCAACCUCUGAUUGUUGGAAACGGCUGUCGGUCAAAAAAUUAGCUCACUUGGUUGGCUGCCAGUGUCUUGACCCUCCUCACAACAUUGUGUUUACAAACACUGUGAACCCAUGUAUAGGCUAUGCUUCUUUUUUUGUUGAAAACAUGCACUGUUUUAUAUAGCCUAGUUUUGAUGCCCUCUGUGUGUACCUACAAAUAAUGUACUGUAAAUGGUCAUACUAAUGUUGAGCGAGAAGGUGUGUCCAAACUUUUGGUGUGUACUGUAUGUUUGUGGCAACAAAUAAAGUGAAAUGUGUGUGUGCA